AUCACCGUUGCCUUCAUCGCUCUCUCUCAUAUCAACAAAUCGCUAACUCGGAAGUAACUGAAGUGUUUGUGAACUUCUUCUUCAACCAUAAUUAUUUUCACUAAAUAAUAAUCUCAUCUUCCCUCUCUCUCUCUUUCUCUCUCCAUCUCUCGCAACUCUUCUCGUCUUCGUUUGUUAUCUUAUAUUUUGCAAAUCUCAAUCGUUAUCCCCUUCCUAGGGUUCUCCUCUGUACGCUUCUUCCUUUAAAACCAACCCCUUUAGUGUUUUUUAAUGGAACAAAUCUCUGCCUCUAACUUCUGCACUCAAUCUGUUUCAAGGAUGUCUCACUCUGUUUUGAUAACUUCUUAGCAGAAGAACCCUCCUGCGAAUUUCUGAAUAAUUUAUCUGCUGUAUCGAUUCACCUUUGAGAUUUAGAACUCAAUUUUUUCUCCUCCCUCGCGUUUCUGGGUUUGGGGUUUUUAGGCGAUUGAUUGUUUUUCUUUUACCGUAUAGUAUUGGUGAAAAUGGAUGGGUUUGGUGCUGGGGGUGAUAUUCAAGAUGCUCCCAACCCACAGAAUUUUAAGCAACUUGGCGAUAUACCUACAGGAGAUGAAGUAUUUGAUGCAUCGCAAUAUGCCUUCUUUGGGAAAGAUGUUGUUGAGGAAGUUGAGUUGGGGGGAUUAGAAGAUGAAGAAUAUGAUUUACAUCCUGUUGAAUUUGAUGAGGAGGAGGAAAUUUUUUUUCGAAAAGAAGAGGCUGAAGAUAUGAGAUCCAUUUCAGAUUUUGAUGAUCUUAGCACCACCUUUUCAAAGUUGAACCCAGUUGUUAGUGGAACGAGAAGCAUGGGACUUAUGGGCGAACAAGUGUCAAGAGAAAAUUCAUCUGCUGCUGAAUGGGCACAAAGGGACCAUGUUUCUAAUUGGUUUGAUCAGCAUGAUUAUGAAAGCGAAGGUGCUCAGGAUGGCAAAAGAUGGUCAUCACAACCACAUCCUUCAUUUGUUCAGUUACAAGAGUCAAGGGCAUUGCACAGAACAUCUUCAUAUCCCGAGCAACAGCAGCAGCUGCAACAACAACAUCAACAUUAUUCUAGUGAACCAAUUUUGGUUCCAAAAUCUCCUUAUCCUCACUCUGGUGGAAGGUCGCAGCAGGAUUCUCCAAAUCAGAGUGCAGGCCACCUGAAUAUGCCAUAUCAUGUUGGUGGGUCUCAGAUGUCAUUGCCUUCAUCCAAUCAUUCUCAUUUCUCCAAUUCCCAGAUUCCAUUGACUAGCUUAGCUGGGUCCCAUUUUGGUGGGAAUGUGCACCAGACGACAAGUGGUUCUCCUGUUAAUAAUCGGAUGUCUAACCAAUGGGCCAACCAAGUAGGAGUUUAUCCUGGAGAUCAUCCCAACCUUCGGAACAAUUUAUUGCCGCAGCAGUUACCCCUUCAUAAUGGAUCAAUGCCUCCACAUCGGGUGACUCAAUUGCAGCAACCACAGCAGAGAAUGCAUCCUCCUCUUCAGCCUUCUCCUGGAUUUUUAUCAGGUUUCCCAUCCCAUCCUUAUAAUUCCAAUACUUCUCUUGGUGCACCCAUGAUUGGCAAAUAUGAACAGAUGCUUGGGCUGAUCGACAUGAGAGAUCAGAGACCAAAGUUAGUGUCCAAAGUUAGACAGAAUUUCCGGUUUCCUCCACAAAGUUUUGAUAUGAGUUUCCAGAAGAGUGAAAGUGGAUGGCCACAAUUUAGGUCCAAGUAUAUGACAACUGAGGAGAUUGAAAAUAUUCUUAGGAUGCAGCUUGCAGCAACACAUAGUAAUGAUCCUUAUGUAGAUGAUUAUUAUCACCAGGCUUGUCUUGCAAAGAAGUCCUCUAAUGCUAAGUUGAAGCAUCACUUCUGUCCAAAUCAAAUUAGGGAACUCCCUCCACGAGCUCGCGCUAAUACUGAGCCUCAUGCUUUUCUUCAGGUUGAUGCUCUAGGGAGAGUUCCAUUUUCAUCAAUUCGCAGGCCCCGUCCUCUUUUGGAAGUUGAUCCUCCAAAUUCUUCUGCUAAUAGCACUGAGCAAAACAUUCCAGAGAAACCGCUCGAGCAGGAGCCGAUGCUUGCAGCUAGGGUUACCAUUGAGGAUGGUGUAUGUCUUCUUCUUGAUGUAGAUGAUAUUGAUCGUUUCCUACAGUUUAAUCAGCUCCAAGAUGGUGGUAUUCAGUUGAAGCAGCGUCGACAGGCUCUGUUGGAAGGACUUGCUGCCUCACUUCAAUUAGUUGAUCCACUAGGAAAGAAUGGGAAUGCAGUUGGGCUUGCUGCAAAAGAUGAUUUUGUUUUCCUGAGGAUAGUUUCCUUACCCAAGGGAUGGAAGCUUCUUGCUAGGUACCUUAAAUGUCUUUUUCCAGGUGGUGAGCUUAUGCGGAUAGUCUGCAUGGCCAUCUUUCGUCAUUUAAGGUCUUUAUUUGGUUGUUAUCCCUCUGACCCAGCUGCAGCAGAAAAUGUAAGCAACCUUGCCAAGAUUGUUUCAAUGUGUGUCCGUGGAAUGGAUCUUGGAGGACUUAGUGCUUGUCUUGCAGCAGUAGUUUGUUCCUCAGAGCAGCCCCCUCUACGUCCCCUGGGAAGCCCUGCUGGAGACGGGGCUUCCUUAAUUUUAGUAUCUUUGCUUGAGAGGGCCACUGAAAUUUUAACUGAUCGUCAUGCUGCCAGCAACUGUAGUAUGGGUAAUCGGUCGCUUUGGCAGGUCUCAUUUGACGAAUUCUUUUCUCUUCUUACUAAGUAUUGUGUGAACAAAUAUGAUAGUAUUGUGCAGUCAUUGCUGGUGCAAGGGGCAUCAGAUAUGGCUGCCAUUGGGUCCGAUGCUGCCAGAACCAUUAGCAGGGAAAUGCCUGUUGAGCUCUUGCGUGCUAGUCUUCCUCACACCAACGAUCACCAGAAAAAGCUAUUACUUGAUUUCGCCCAACGCUCCGUGCCUGUUGCUGGAUUUAAUAAUAAUUCUGGUGGUGGCAGUGAUCAUGUGCACUCAGAGUGAGUGCUGAACUAAUAAUGUACUUGGACAUUCAAAUAAGGAGCAUCAUUUUGAAUUAAAACGUGGCAGUAAGUGUCAUAGGGAGGAUCUCUCUUUUUAGGUACUUCUAUAGCAGUCUGAUGUGGUGGGAGCAUUAAUUGCAUCUAUUAUGGAAACUUUAGCCUCUUAUUUUGUUAUAUUGACAGAAUUCGAUGGAGCAUUGUGAUAGUUUGCAGUCAUGCCCAUCUGUAUCAUAGAGUUGGCUUGAUUUGUUUCUCUUGUCUUUUAUUUUUCUCUCGACAGGGGAGGUUAUUUUUUUUACUCCGGUUUUUAGAGUACAGUAAUGGUUAAUAUGUACAAGUUUUAGGCUUAUAAAGUUGGAUUCCCAUGUUCCUUUACUAUUAUCAUACAAAGGCAUGGGAUUAGUUGCAUGAAUGCCUUACUGUUAGGAAACCCUUCCUUCUAAUUGAAGCGGCUUUUUGGGUGCACAAUUACAACCAGAUGACAGGUUGGCAUGGCAAGCUGUUCUGAACUGCCGAUGAAUGCUGUGGCAAAGAAUUUACUGUUUUAAACUUGGGUUCACAAUUUGAUGCAUUUAUUAUUUUCUUCUUCCCACCAAUUCUUUCUUGAUCUGAUCACAUUGAUCUGUCUUCCUGUCUUCUUUUUUUUUUCCUGCAAUAUCUUGAUGUAGUCUCACCCGUUUUUUACCUUUGUCAGCUGUGAACAUUAUUGUGUGUAUUUGGGGUCAUCAAAUCAAAACUAUACCAAAUAUAACUUUUGAAGUUGUUCUGGUU